UUGGAAGGGGGGCUUAGCAAAGACACUGGCGACCGUUGGCAGAUUGCUGGACGGGUAUUCAAUCCGUAGUCGAGUCUUGGCGGCCGAUUCUUGUCACCCUAUGCUGCAGACGGGCCACUUUUAUGACUUAGGCCAAGAAUCCCUCCACGGGGGCUUGAGCGAACGAGAUGACAAUGGACAUCGGAGCUCCACCACAAGUCAAUAGUGGAAUGGUAAUUCUGCUGCUCGGUAAUAUUUUGAUGAAAUAUUGUGAACCCCGGCUCUGGAAAAGGAGAAGCUCACGGCUGAACCGAUGCCUUGAACCCCUAGGACAGUCAAGUAUCACGAAACCAUUGAAGAGGAGUUUGGGAUGGAAGAUGUGCGUGUGCGUGUUGGAUUUCAAAAUCCUCCAUUCGAUGGCGAUAUCACGCAAGCCCUCCCCAGCCUAUCUGGUGAUUGAUAGGCCACGACGAAACGGAACCGGAUUUCGGGAGCCUCGAGAAUGUGCACCGCCCUAUUCUACCCCUGUCGUCGACGCGUGUUUCAUGUUGUUCGGCGGGAUGGUUGGACGGCAAGGGCCCACGCCACUGCGUCUGCUGCUUUUUUUUUUUUCUCUUCUAGCGACAGAGGAGAUUCCACCAUUAGCUGCGAAAAAGGCCGAUCUUGCCGACCAUGAGCGAGGCGUAAGAGCAAUGGACUUGCUCAGCAGAGUUGAAUCUCUCCCCAGAGUAACUCGUAGUUGACAGUUCAAGUCUCUUGGCGUAAUCCCGAAUGGCUCUCUUUGUUCGUCCGUCGUCUUGGCUGUUACAGUAGACGUCUCCUGCGGCAUCAAGAUGACGCAAUGGUCGAUCAACAGGCCAAAUGCCAACAGUUGAAGCUCACAGUCGCAGCA